GUCCUCGUGGCGACUGACGUGGCAGCGAGAGGGCUUGACAUCAAGGGGGCCUUGCUCUUAGAAAGGCACUUGAUCCUUACAGUACACGUUGGCCUAGUGGUCAAUUAUGAUGCCGCAAACAACACGGAGGACUAUGUGCACCGGAUUGGCCGCACUGGCCGUGCUGGCUGCAAGGGCUUUGCCGUCACUUUCCUGGAUAGAAGAGCAGAUGCCGGGAAAGCAAAAGGCAUUAUGGAGGUCAUGCAGCGCACCAAUCAGCCCGUGCCCGCCGACCUGCGAGACAUGGUGCCCGGCCCAGGUCAAGCUCUUCCCCUUCGAACUAACGGUAGACUCAGACCAGAAGGAUUGCUAUGGUGCCUGAGCUGCAAGCAUGUGGCCUUCUGA